AUGGGACGGCAACGACAUCUUCUGUCUUCGCUUCUCCUCGCAGCCUCGAGCACUUUCGCACAGUUGAUAGACUAUGUUGACCCGUUCAUUGGAACUGAAGGAACUGUUCCAGGCACAGGAUACAAUGGUGGAAAUACGUUUCCUGGAGCUGCACUGCCUUUUGGGAUGGUCAAGCUCGGCCCAGAUCUUACCAGCGCCAAUACCUCGAUCAAUGCUAACGCUGGUUAUCUUCCCGAUGGCAAUAUUACUGCUUUCUCCUUGACGCACGUAUCAGGGACCGGAGGGGGUCCGGUCUAUGGGGUCGUUUCUCAGAUGCCUCUGCUGUCGCUCGACAGCGUCAACGCACUGGACAACCUCACAUAUGCUCAGCCCCGGUCAGGCCAUGACCAAGCCUCCGUAGGCUACUACCGUUCAACUUUUGAGAACGGGCUCGAAAUUGAGCUCACGGCUACCAGCCAUGUCGGUUUCAUGCAAUACUCGUUUCCCCAUGGUGGCGAACGCCAUGUCCUGGUCGACGUUUCCCACUAUCUGCCACUUCCGGGCGGGUACAAUCAGGCCCAGGCAUACAGUAACGGCGAGAUCCAAGUAUCGCCGGAUGGACUGCAAUACACUGGUUCCGGCACGUAUCGUGGUGGCUUCAGCCACAUUCCAAAUUAUAGCGUCUUCUUCUGCGGCCGCUUCAGCUCCCCAGCAUCCACAAGCCAGAUCUUUACAGGACCGUACACAGACUACUUCUACCCAUCGGACCUAGAUGCUCAACCAAGCUUCCUUUCCAAUGCUUCCUAUGCCCGGGGUGGCCCACCCUACUACAACUUCGGGCAACGCGUCGGGUCCCUCUUCACCUUCCCGGUCAACACCAGUACCCUGCAAUCCAAAGUCGGAAUCUCCUUUAUAUCCUCGGCGAAUGCCUGCGCGUACAUUGACGCGGAGGUCCCGCACUGGUCAUUCAACAGCACCCUCACCGCCGCGCAGUCUACAUGGGAAUCCACCUUGUCCACCAUCUCUAUUACCGACACUACGAAUACCACCCGCCUCUCAAUGUUCUAUACCGCCCUCUACCAUGCACAUCUAAUGCCUACCGACCGCACUGGCGAAAAUGCUAAUUGGGAAACCACCGAGCCCAGCUACGACGAUUUCUACACCCUUUGGGACACCUUUCGCUGCCUCAACAGCCUCUGGACUCUCCUCACGCCCGCCCGCUCCAUCGACAUGAUUCGCUCGCUGAUCGAUAUCUGGCGUCACGAGCAAUACAUGCCCGACGGUCGAAGCGGCAACGCCAACGGCCAAGUCCAAGGCGGCUCUAACAGCGACAACGUCCUCACCGACGCAUUCGUCAAAGGCCUGGGCCAGGACGGCAGCAUCAACUGGACGGACGGCUUCGCCGCCAUGCGCACCAACGCGGAACGCACCCCCUGGAACAACUUUGACACGGGCGACCCCACCGGUUCCACACUCGAAGGCCGCAGCGCACUCCCGGACUGGCUGCAGUAUGGUUUCCUCACCCCCGACUACGACCGCAGCGUCAGCCGCACAAUCGAGUACGCGUCCAACGACUUCGCCCUCGCCCAAGUCGCCAGAAGUAUCGCGCCGGAAGAAUACGACAAAUACCUCAACCGCUCUGCGGGCUGGCAGCACAUCUGGGACGCCAACCUAACGAGCUUCAACCACUCGGGCUUCGUCGCGCCCAAAUGGGCCAACGGCACGCGCGACCCGGUCUACGACCCCGCCGUGUGCGCCGGCGGUUGCGAGAACGGCGGAUACACGUACGAGGCGCUGGGGUGGGAGUACACGUGGACGGUGCCGCACGACAUGGCGACGCUGAUCGCGUGGUCGGGCGGAGAGGAGGAGACGGAGGCGCGCCUCGACACCAUGUUCACACCCGGCCUGAAGGGCAGCGGUGUGGGCGAGGGCGAGAAUAACGGUGUCGGAGACACGCUGUUCAACCCGGGCAACGAGCCGAGCUUCGCGACGCCGUUUCUGUAUAAUUACCUACCAAGGCGGCAGUGGAAGAGCGUGAUGAGAAGCAGGCAGAUUGUCAAUCAGUACUACUCGGAUGGGCCGUCGGGCCUGCCGGGCAACUCGGACGCCGGCGCUUUGGAUGCCUGGCUCAUCUGGCAGAUGCUGGGAUUGUAUCCGGUGGCGGCGCAGCCGGUGUAUCUCAUUCUGGCACCGAUGUUCUCGGAUUACAGCAUGAGGGUCGGACUCGAUGGGCAGGUGCUGAAUGUAACGGCACAGGGAUUGAGCGACGACAGCUUCUACGUGCAGAGUCUGACGGUGAAUGGUCAAGCGUGGAACCAGAGCUGGCUGGGCCAUGAUGAUCUCAAGCAUGGUGGGAGCUUGGAGUUCGUGCUAGGCAGUGAGCCAGCGCCGUGGGAUACUGGGGACGCGCCCCCGAGUCCGGGACAUGUGGUCCUUGAUCUGUGA